UUAUAUAUACCCGGUAUGAACGUAUGUAACAUGACGUGCUAACAAUGACCCCUCCUCGCCUCUCCAGGCCAGUUUGGCUGGCAGACAGGACAGGCCUUGGGCACGGAGCCUGGCAUCACCUGUUCCCUGGUACCUGAGCCUCCUCUAUUCCCAGCCCUCCCUGAUAAAGGUGAGUAUAAAGGCCGGCAGGUGAGAGACGCUGCUCUAUGACACCAUGCUGAAGCUGCUGAUCACCUUCCUGCUGGCGGCCGGAGCCUAUGGGUGUGGGGUGCCCACCUACACCCCCAAUAGCCGUGUAGUGAAUGGGGAGAAUGCCACGCCCCACAGCUGGCCCUGGCAGAUCUCCCUGCAGUAUAAGAGUGGGGACACCUUUCACCAUACGUGUGGCGGAAGCCUCAUCACCCCCACCUGGGUCAUGACAGCGGCACAUUGCAUCUCAUCCAGCCGCACCUAUCAGGUGGUGUUGGGGGAACACGACCGCAGCGCUGUGGAAGGGAUCGAGCAGAUUAUACCGGUGAAUAAAGCGGAUAUAUUUGUGCAUGAAGGAUGGAAGAGCAGCUCUGUAUCUAGCGGGAAUGAUAUCGCUCUCAUCAAGCUGUCCCACGUUGCGUUACUCAAUGAUGAGGUGAAGACGGGCUGCUUGCCCCCGGCACAGGAGAUUCUCCCCAAUAACUACCCCUGCUUCAUCAGCGGCUGGGGGCGUCUGACCACUGGUGGAGUCCUCCCCGAUGUUCUGCAGCAGGCCCUCCUGCCAGUGGUGGACCAUCAGACCUGCAGCCAGAGGGACUGGUGGGGCAGCACGGUGAAGACCUCCAUGGUCUGUGCCGGGGGGGAUGUCCAGGCUGGUUGCAAUGGGGACUCCGGCGGACCUCUGAACUGCCAGGGCAGUGACGGCAGGUGGUAUGUCCAUGGCAUUGCCAGCUUCGUGUCAUCUCUUGGGUGCAAUGCUCUGAAGAAGCCGACAGUAUUCACCCGCGUGUCUGCGUUCAAUGACUGGGUGACCAAUAUCAUCAACAACAACUGAAUUCCACAAGGAGGCGCUGUGGGCAGAAGCCGCACAACAUACUCUAAUACUCACUAAUCCUUCCUAAUAAAAUGUGUUUGUGGAGAA